AUGAAGUCUAUCAGCCAAAGCCAGGCCAGCCGGCUUCUGCACAAUAAGUUUGUUGUUGUCCUUGGAGACUCCAUCCAGCGCUCUGUCUACAAGGACCUUGUGCUGCUCUUGCAGAGUGACCGGUACCUGACCGUGGCUCAGUUGAAGAGCAAGGGGGAGCUGAGCUUUGAGGAGGACACCUUGGUGGAAGGCGGCAGGCUAGGCACAAUGAACAAUGGGACUGAGUACCGGGAGGUGCGCCAGUUCCGCUCGGACCACCACUUGGUCCGAUUCUAUUUUCUCACCAAGAUCUACUCCCGCUACAUGGAGAGCAUCCUGGCUGACUUUGAGAAUGGCCUGAAGCCUGACAUGGUCAUUGUCAAUUCCUGCGUGUGGGACGUGUCACGGUACGGUCAGAAGUGGGUGUUGGAGUACAGGGAGAACCUGCAGAAGUUCUUUGAGCAGAUGAAGAGGAUCCUCCCCCCAGACUGCUUGAUGGUGUGGAACAUGACCAUGCCUUUGGGCAGCAAGAUCGUAGGGGGCUUCUUAGUGCCAGAGAUCAAGCACGUGGCCCCGACGCUGCGCUACGACGUGAUCGAGGCGAACUUCUAUGGCGCCGCGCUGGCGGACGCGUUCGGGCUGGACGUGCUGGACCUGCACUACCACUUCCGGCUCCGCCUGCAGCUGCGCACCAGGGACGGCGUGCACUGGAACGCCGCCGCGCACCGCCACAUCAGCGGCCUGCUGCUGCGGCACGUCGCCCAGGCCUGGGGCGUGGAGCUGGGCCAGCCCGCCCCCUCCAACCCCGACGCUGUGGUCUCUGCUGCUCCUCUGGAAAAAAGUAGGCCAAAAACGAAGAAGCAGCAGGUCCAAGUGCAGCAGAAGCUCUUCUGCAGCUACCAGCCCCCACGGAUGGACCCCUAUCGCUACGGCGGUGGGAAUUUCGGCGUGCCAUCCUUCGGCUCGAGACUGCCCAAUCCCACAGGGCCAGAGAGCUCCUUUGUAAUGAAGAAGAAAUCUUCCAAACAGCACUACGCCCCUUACACCUGUCAGAAACGACAGCGCCCUCUGCUGACUCUACCCCCCAGCUACAGGUACUGA